UAAAGAAAAACAUCCUAUCGUGGGGAACAAACGGGUGUUUUCUCAACGCCGAACGAAGAGGUGUAAAUCCCACUUUUUAGCUCGAAUUAAAUCUAAUUUAGUCUUUUUUUUCUUCUCUUUUUGAUAUUUGAUAUCCGACACUUUUCAUUCGGUCUAUUCCCUCUGGCGGUGACCGGGCUUCUCCGGUUGGAAAACGCUUUCUCUCUCGGUUUGGGACUGACGGGAACUAAAACUAAAUUGAUUUAAAUUCAGUACUAGCUUUACAUUUAACUAGCUGACAUGAGCUACUCAUGAAAGAAAGAGAUUUUCUGGUGAGGAAACUGGGGAAUACAGAGAACGACAGAAAAGAAAACGAGGAAACCACCAAAAGGAAAUGCCAAUCGCAGCCACGGGUCAACUGACGACUCAGGAACCCUGUAUUUUCUCCCGACUGCCCUCCACCCCGGAGCCCGUACCAAAAGGGGGUAAUUUAUGUGACGUUGCGGGGGCAGUAGCCGAGUCGCAGGAGCGAACAGAAUACGGGGGCGCCGAGGGGGGCAGGGGAGGACUAGUAGCCAGCUACAGUCAGACCAGCGGCGCUAGGGGAUUUCUGCCGCUUCGUUCUUCCAACUCCAACGGUUCUCCUCCGCAAUCCCCUCCCACGUCCUCCCCCCUCGCCUCAUCUUUCUUCCAUCACCACCCCUAUCAAAUGGCCAUGGAGCCGCCCAGGACUCGAUCGCGUUCUCGGUCUGGAUUCUACCAGCAGUAUGGUGCGACCGGCCCCGGGAUUAAUGCCAACGGGGGAAACGGACCUAACCACCAUCAUCACCAUCACCACAGCCAGCAGCAUCAUCAACAGCAGCACAACUCUGGUUGCUCACCCCUUGGAGCUCACAGCCACCACACGGAGCAGCACAGCAUACGAGCCCCUAACGUCUCCCCCGGCGCUCAGAGGCAGUCGGGACCGCCUGGAGCACAUCGCAUCUCACCCGCAGGAGCCGUAGGGGGGAGGAGCCAUCCUGACCAUGCCUGUGGAGAGGAGGGUGACAAGAAUGAGGACAGUCCCAGUCCAAAGCGUCAGAGACUAUCUGGCCAAUCAGUGCUGGAUCUCUCCACGGUGGCCCCACCCUCCAACCCCUCUCCACCAAUGAGGCCGUGGGAGCUGCCCCACAGUCGCAGACCUCCCCCUAACCCCCACCCCCAUUACCACCAGGAGCGCUGCCAUACACCUGUCAGACACAGACACAGUCCUCCAGCGCGUCGCCAGCGUGGCCGUCUCUCCCGCACCCCCCGUCACCUCCCCCCUCCUCCUCCCCAUCACCCCUCCCCUCCUCCCCCCUCCAUCCGACUGGACCCCCAGGACCAAAGCUACCACUACCCUCACCCCCACCAGAGCUACUCUCACCCCCCUCCUCCCCCCUACGGCCAGCCCCCAGCCCCUGCCGGUGGGGGCGUGGAGGAGCCUCGAGCGUUCCACCCCCCUGCCCUGUCUCCACGGUUACUGCACCCCGCUGUCCAUCAUUCUCAUCAAGCAGCUCACCACCACACACAGCAGCAAGGAGCCAUGGUCAUGGACCUUCAUGAACAGGCCUCAGUCCCAGUCUCCUAUACGGUGACUCCUGUCCCUUCUCAUCAUGGUCUGGUAGCUCCUCUGUAUACAGGACAGCACCUCCCUCCUGUCUGUUCCUCUCAACAACAGAUCCCAGCAUGCAGUGUGGUCUUCAGUACAGGUCAACACUACCACCCUAUGCUGGGGGCGUGUUCAGUGCAGCAUUUACCUGUGCCCUACUCCUUUCCCUCCCUCCUCUCCAAUGAUCCUCCUUUCCUCCUCCCCCCUCCCCACCUCUCUCACCACCCCCCUCACCUCCCUCCACCUGGACACUUCCUUCCCUUCCCGACACAACAGUCCAGAUCGCCGUUGCAGAGGAUAGAGAACGAGGUGGAGCUGCUUGGAGAGCACCUGUCUGUGGGAGGGGGGUUCAACUACCCUCAUGGAGGACACCACCCCUCCUCCCUGCCCCCCUCCACACCCCUCCAGUUCCUGUCUCAUCACGACUCCCUGUCACAGGAGCUGUUCGGAGUGCCGUACCCCCACUUCAUGCCUCGGCGAAUCACAGGGCGUCGUUACCGCUCCCAGCAGACCGUGCCCCCGCCCCCCUACCACCCAGGCUUCCUGCCUUACUUCCUGUCGAUGCUUCCAGUGGGUCCUACAGUCGGUCCUACCAUCAGUCUAGAGUUAGAUGUGGAUGAUGGAGAGGUAGAGAACUAUGAAGCCCUGUUGAACCUAGCAGAGCGUCUGGGCGAGGCUAAACCCAGAGGACUGACCAAGGCUGACAUAGAACAACUUCCCUCCUACCGCUUCAACCCCAACAACCACCAAUCAGAACAGACACUGUGAGUAGAGUCCCUUCAACAACCACCAAUCAGAACAGACACUGUGAGUAGAGUCCCUUCAACAACCACCAAUCAGAACAGACACUGUGAGUAGAGUCCCUUCAACAACCACCAAUCAGAACAGACACUGUGAGUAGAGUCCCUUCAA